AUGGUACACCCAGGCAAACGUGUUGACGACCGCCGCGGCACCGGAGCAACAGCACAGAUAUCAGAGAACCUUAUUACACUCAAAGGAUCGACCGAGAUCGUGACAGAGUUCUUUUCGUACAGUAUCAACACCAUUUUGUACCAGCGUGGUAUCUAUCCUGCAGAGAGCUUUAAACAGGUUCAGAAGUAUGGCUUGAACAUGUUGAUGACGGACGACGACAAGCUUAACGACUUCUUCACCAAGUUCCUCCACCAGCUGUCGAAUUGGAUUAUCAAAGGUGAGGUGCAGAAACUGGUGCUGGUCAUUACUGGGAUUGAGACACAAGAAGUGCUGGAGCGGUGGGCGUUCGAGGUUCAUUCGGAGAACGGCACAGACGAUAGUAGCGCAACUUCUUCUAAGUCUAAGAAGGAGAUCAUGGCCGAGAUACAGGCAAUCAUCCGGCAGAUCACAGCAAGCGUGUCGUUCUUACCUCUUUUGGAAGAGCAAUGCGCGUUCGAUCUGCUGGUAUACACUGACAAAAACUCGGAAGUACCUGCAUUAUGGGAAGAAUCGGACCCCCGCUAUAUUAAGGACUCGGCGGAAGUGCGUUUGAGAUCGUUCUCCACAAAGGUUCACAAAGUCGACGCGAUGGUAGCCUACCGGAACCCUGAAGCUGACAUCUAA